UACAUCACACGUGUCAAACGAUGAUUGGUAAACUAGAGAUAAUUGUCUUAAUUAAGUCGGUCAAACAAGUCUUUAAAUACAGCCUCUUCCCUUCAUUGGUUUCUCAUCCUUCAUUUGAACAUAAACAAUCAUUCAUUAUUCUCUCUAUUCUCUUUCAAGAUGCAAAUCUUCGUGAAAACCCUUACCGGCAAGACCAUAACUCUCGAGGUUGAGAGUUCCGACACCAUCGACAACGUAAAGGCAAAGAUCCAAGACAAGGAAGGAAUUCCUCCAGACCAACAACGUUUAAUCUUCGCCGGAAAACAACUAGAAGACGGCCGAACUCUCGCCGACUACAACAUCCAAAAGGAGUCAACUCUCCAUCUUGUCCUCCGUUUAAGAGGAGGUAUGCAGAUCUUCGUCAAGACUCUUACUGGCAAGACAAUUACCCUUGAAGUCGAAAGUUCCGAUACUAUCGACAACGUCAAGGCCAAAAUUCAAGACAAGGAAGGCAUUCCACCAGAUCAGCAAAGGCUGAUCUUCGCUGGAAAGCAGCUCGAAGACGGGCGAACCCUCGCCGAUUACAAUAUCCAGAAGGAGUCAACUCUCCACCUUGUGCUCCGUCUUAGGGGUGGUAUGCAAAUCUUUGUGAAGACUCUCACCGGGAAGACGAUUACUUUGGAAGUUGAAAGCUCGGAUACGAUCGACAAUGUUAAGGCUAAGAUUCAGGACAAGGAAGGUAUUCCUCCAGACCAGCAGAGGUUGAUCUUUGCUGGUAAGCAGCUCGAAGAUGGCCGUACUUUGGCUGAUUACAAUAUCCAGAAGGAAUCGACCCUUCACUUGGUUCUCCGUUUGAGGGGAGGUAUGCAGAUUUUUGUCAAGACAUUGACUGGCAAGACUAUCACCUUGGAGGUGGAGAGUUCCGAUACUAUCGACAAUGUCAAGGCGAAAAUCCAGGAUAAGGAAGGUAUUCCCCCAGAUCAGCAGAGGUUGAUCUUCGCUGGUAAGCAGCUUGAGGAUGGAAGAACUUUGGCUGACUACAACAUCCAGAAGGAGUCUACUCUUCAUUUGGUGCUUCGUUUGAGGGGUGGUAUGCAGAUUUUUGUGAAGACCUUGACCGGGAAGACCAUCACUUUGGAGGUUGAGAGCUCGGACACAAUCGACAAUGUCAAGGCGAAGAUUCAGGAUAAGGAGGGUAUCCCACCUGACCAGCAGAGGUUGAUCUUUGCUGGGAAACAACUUGAGGAUGGACGUACUUUGGCUGAUUAUAACAUUCAGAAGGAGUCCACUCUUCACCUUGUCCUCCGUCUUCGUGGUGGUUUCUAAGCUUGUGGUGGUUCGUCGUUGGUUGUUGGCCUUGGAACAAUGGCUUUGUUGGGUGUUUAUCCCCCUAUAAUCUGUGAAUUCAUCUAUCAUCUAGUUUAUGUUGAACAAUUUUAAUUUCAGUUGGUUAUCAAAUGUUGGUUAUCAAAUGUUGGUUUUAUAUCGUCGUAUGUCUGUUGGGUUACUAUGAACUAUUAAGGUUCAGUUGUGAAUAAUAUUCUCUGUUUGUGUCUA